AAAUUCCCUCUUGUUCCCAGUCCAACAAAGAUGGAGAAACUUCUUGUUUUAGGGGGUAUUUUCCUUCCAGCCUGUCUCACUGGGGGGGAGGCAUCCCUCUGCAGUAAUACUGUAAUCGAAACGACGGCCACAAUUUGUCCAGGUGCAGGUAUCGACGCCGCGGCCAAUGUUUCCUACAGAUUUGCAACCAUCCGAGAUCUGGCAUGGGUUCUGACGCCGCGCUCUUACUUCCUCUCGAACGGAAAUCAGUUCACGUACCGCUCCAUUUACGAGUGCCUCUCCGGCCGCUGUGCCCCCGACCAAGCCACGAUUGAAGGCAUGUUCACAAAUGUGGAUUUCACCCUGGACGACAUGACCGUUAAAAUUGACGAUGGCGCGAAAUAUAUCCAUUUAAUCUGCACCCCACGCGCACUCACAGUUCAAGGGCUUUGGAACGUCAUCACGUCGACUUUGAAGGCACUCCCUAUUCUGGAUUGGGACUCGAUUGAGACCGCUCUCCACCAGGUGGCAGUCUUGUACCCGACGCUACCCACCUUAAUUCAAGAAUUUGCCCGGUUUUCAUGCCACCCGCAUCCGCUCUGUCUUCCUCAGAUAAUCGACACCCCAUUCUGCUCGAAGGGGACACGCCCAUCAUACUUGCAACGAUGGGACGCCGUGAUUUCAUGGACGGACCAUAUCUCCGACACGACCGGAACCGGAACUGGGUUUAUGUUGUCGAAUUGCAUAAACGAGAAGGGGGCGUGGUCCGUCAUGUCCCAAGUACCGCAACAAGGACGCGAUAGCAUUGACGAGUUUUGGCAAAUACCAACCAACCAGACCUUCAACCCAGCGUAUUACACGUGGCAAAACUACAACUACUUGUGAUAAGCAGGCAAACCAAACUUCAUUCAAGGAAAAUUAUGAAUUGCGUAUCGUAUAUAGUUCUCUGAUAAAAUCAAUAAACAAAUUUUGAAUUUCAAUAGUGAAGGUAUUUUCAAUAUUUCCAUUUACAAUUUUAUGUACUUAAACCUUAUCAGAUUUUGUGUUGAAAAUAUUUUUUGUGUUAUUGUGAACUAGAUAUAAUCAAUUUAGAUAACAUAAAAUGCGAUCAACUACAUAAUAUGGUGUCUGAGUGUGAACAAGAUAUGUUAUUUAAUGUACCUAGUAAAACAUACUUUUAAAUUAUUCGGGAAA